AUGGCUGCCCCCAGCUCUCCGGGCUCUGGGUAUACUGAUCCUUCUUUGGAUACAUGGGACUUCUCUUCACCUUUAAUAUCAUUAUGGAUAAACAGGUUUUACAUAUAUUUGGGCUUUGCCUUUGGCAUUAGCCUUUGGAUUUGUUUCCAGAUUGUCAUCAGGAAGCAGUUGUUUAUCUUCAAGGGCAAGAACUCAAAGGAUAAAUCUGUUCCAAAAGCAACUCGGGAUUUGAUGACAAAUGGUUAUAUCUCUCUUCAAAAGAAGGACAUCUUAGUGUCUGGAGUGAAGAUUUUCUAUGGUUCCCAGACUGGAACAGCGAAGGGAUUUGCAGCAAGUCUUGCUGAAGCAGUUACCUCCCUAGGUCUGCCUGUGGCAGUUAUUAAUCUCCAAGAAUACGAUCCAGAUGAUCAUCUAGUAGAAGAGGUUACUAGUAAAAACGUUUGUGCCUUCGUGGUUGCUACGUAUACUGAUGGUCGACCCACUGAAAGUGCAGAGUGGUUCUGCAAAUGGUUAGAGGAGGCAUCCAGUGAUUUCCGAUUUGGCAAAACUUACCUGAAGGGUAUGAGAUAUGCUGUAUUUGGCCUGGGAAAUUCUGCCUAUGCGAACCACUUCAACAAGGUUGGCAAGAAUGUCGAUAAGUGGCUCUGGAUGCUUGGUGCUCACCGUGUGGUGGCUAGAGGGGAGGGUGACUGUGACGUGGUUAAAAGCAAACAUGGCAGCAUUGAAGCUGACUUCAGAGUUUGGAAGACCAAGUUCAUCUCCCGGCUACAGGCACUUCGGAAAGGAGAGAGAAAACCCUGUGGCGGCAACUGCAAGAAAGGCCAGUGUGAAUCAUCUGCGGAGGAAGAGCCCUUUGAGAGCACCAGUGAGGAAGAGUCUGGUACUGAGGACCACCAGAAUCUAAAUUCUGUCGUUGAUGUCGAGGACCUCGGCAAAAUUAUGAAUUGUGUGAAGAAAGAAAAGAGAGAGAAGGAGCACCAGGAGGAGAAAAGCACUCUGGUCAGGAACGCCGUGAAGGGUGAAGCCAGUGAAAGAAGGGCUAUGAUAACCCCUGCUCUCCGAGAAGCCCUUACUAAACAAGGUUAUCAGUUGAUUGGGAGCCAUUCUGGGGUGAAGCUUUGCAGAUGGACAAAGUCGAUGCUCCGAGGGAGAGGAGGUUGCUACAAACAUACAUUCUAUGGUAUCGAAAGCCAUCGUUGCAUGGAAACUACCCCAAGCUUGGCAUGUGCAAAUAAAUGUGUCUUCUGUUGGCGGCACCACACCAACCCAGUGGGCACUGAAUGGCGGUGGAAGAUGGACCAGCCUGAAAUGAUCUUAAAGGAAGCCAUUGAAAACCAUCAGAGCAUGAUCAAGCAGUUUAAAGGAGUCCCAGGUGUCAGAGAAGAUCGUUUUGAAGAAGGGAUGAUGGUAAAGCACUGUGCCUUGUCCCUUGUGGGAGAACCCAUCAUGUACCCAGAAAUCAAUAGGUUUUUGAAAUUACUCCAUGAGUGUAAAAUCUCCAGUUUCCUGGUCACAAAUGCACAAUUCCCUGUGGAAAUCAGGAACCUCAAACCAGUCACACAGCUGUAUGUCAGUGUGGAUGCUAGCACCAAAGAUAGCCUGAAGAAAAUUGACCGCCCACUCUUCAAGGAUUUCUGGCAGAGAUUCCUCAACAGCUUAAAAGCCUUGGCAGCAAAGCAACAGCGUACCGUGUACAGGCUGACUCUAGUGAAAGCGUGGAAUGUAGAUGAACUCCAGGCCUAUGCCGAGCUGGUGUCCCUGGGGAAUCCUGACUUCAUCGAAGUGAAGGGUGUCACCUACUGUGGAGAGAGUUCAGCAAGCAGUCUCACCAUGGCCAACGUACCCUGGCACGAGGAGGUGGUACACUUUGUCCGCGAGUUGGUGGCUCUCAUCCCCAACUAUGAAAUUGCUUGUGAACAUGAACAUUCCAACUGCCUCCUGAUAGCUCACACAAGGUUUAAGAUUGAUGGCGAAUGGUGGACAUGGAUUGAUUAUAACCGGUUCCAGGAGCUCGUGCAGGAAUAUGAAGAUAGCGGUGGAUUAACAAAUUUCAGCGCAAAGGAUUAUGUGGCCAAAACCCCCCUCUGGGCAUUAUUUGGUGCCAGUGAAAGAGGCUUUGAUCCCAAGGACACAAGAUAUCAGAGAAAGAACAAAUCCAAGGAUAUUUCCGGGUGUUGA